CAAACCGGUGCAUCAUGGGAGUAGCCUGGGCUGUGCGCGGAGCAUUGUGGGGGACGUUAACCGCUACUGAACGCGCUGAACAGGGAGCGGCGCUGAGCAGCUUGAGGCUUUUUGGGAGUUAACGGGACUCGCCCACCCAUGCCCGACUACGAGCUUCCCGUGGGCACGUGCUGGGAGAUGUGCCCGGCCGCCGAGCGCGUCCGGCGCGAAAAGGAGUGCCGCCUGCACCGCUUCGAGGUGGCGCCGGGGCUCCGCGGGGACCGGCCUCGCGCGGAUCCGCAGCGCGCCGUGAAGGAGUACAGCCGGCCGGCCGCCGGCAAGGCCCAGCCCUCACCGAGCCAGCUGCGUCCGCCGUCCGUACUGCUGGCCACUGUGCGCUACCUGGCCAGCGAGGUGGCCGAGCGCGCCGACGCAUCCCGCACCGAGGUGGCCACUUUCGUGGCUGACCGGUUGCGCGCCGUGCGGCUGGACCUGGCCCUGCAGCGCGCGGGUGACUCCGAGGCGGCGGUGGUGCUGGAGGCGGCGCUGGCUGUACUGCUGGCCGUGGUGGCGCGGCUCGGGUCCGAUGCAGCUCGCGGGCCAGCGGACCCGGUGCUGUUGCAGGCCCAGGUGCAGGAGGGCUUCGGUUCGCUGCGGCGCUGCUACGCGCAGGGCCCCGGGCCCCACCCCCGCCAGUCCGCCUUCCAGAGCCUAUUUCUGCUCUAUAACCUGGGCUCGGUGGAGGCCCUUCAUGAGGUUCUGCAGCUGCCCGCUGCCCUGCGUUCCUGCCCAGCCGUGCGCACCGCCCUGUCUGUGGAUGCCGCCUUCCGCGAAGGCAAUACUGCCCGCCUGUUCCGCCUGCUGCGGACCCUGCCCUUCCUGCAGAGCUGUGCUGUGCAAUGCCACGUGGGCCAUGCCCGCCGCAGAGCCUUGGCGCGCCUCUCUCGUGCCCUAAGCACCCCCAAGGGCCAGACCCUACCCCUGGGCUUCAUGGUCCACUUAUUGGCCCUGGAUGGGCCGGAGGAGGCACGGGACCUGUGCCAGGCCCAUGGACUGCCCUUGGAUGGACAGGAGAGAGUUGUGUUCCUGAGGGGCCGCUACAUCGAGAAGGGGCUACCACCUGCCGGGACCUGCGAAGUGUUGGUAGGGAGCAAACUUGGAGGGCGCACCCUGGAGGAGGUGGUCAUGGCAGAGGAGGAGGAGGAGGAGGGUGGGGACAGAUCCAAAUCCUGGGCUUGACGGGGAGCUGUGCAGUACCCCAGAGCCCGGGACUGGAUCUGAGCACUCAGGUUUCUUUUUUCCGUGAUUCCCACACAAUAAAAGGAACUUGUAGGGACAA